AUGUCGGAGCAAGGGGCGCGCGCCGCGCGAUUCUCCCAGUGGCUUCGGCUUGCAGCUCGAAUCGCUACACCGGAGAAUACACGCAGUCUUCCACUAAAGCUGGACACCGUCAAAAGCGUAGAUCAAGAUAGCGGUUGCGUCUCCGAGACGCGGGAGCACUAUCGUCUCGCUCUGGAGGAGUCAGGUCUUCCCUUGCACCACUUUGCUACCCGUCGAGAGUUGCUCAGUGUCUUGAUAGACGCCGUCGAAGCGCAUCGUCGGAUGUACAAUCGCCUUGGCGUAUUGCACCGUGACAUCAGCGUCCGCAACGUAAUGAUAUUGGACGGGGAGGACACGAAGGCUGAAAACGAGAGAGAGCGUCCAGGUCGCCUCAUCGAUUUUGAUUACGGCAAAACUAUGAGUCAAUCCACCGAGAACGAUCCAGGGGAACACAAAAACCAUCAUUCCGGAACGUUACCAUUCAUGUCGGUUCACCUUCUUGCGAACGAGACGACGAUUGAGCAUGAGGUGCACCACGACCUGGAGUCGUUCUUUUACGUUCUCAUCUGGGCGUGUAUCGCGUUUCAAGGACCGGGACUCUACAGAGAGCCAUUCGAUGCUUUGAAGACCCCAUUGAAGAAGUGGCUCGUCGGAGAUGAUGACCGCGAUGUGGCAGAAGCGAAGAUGGUCCAGAUGGUGCGGUCAGUGGCUUUCGAGCGGCUACUAAAGAACUUCCAUCCAUACUUCGAUCCCCUGAAGCCUACUAUCAAGGCGCUCAGAACUGCGCUCAAAGUCCAUACCUGGUUCGCUGAGAAACCGGAAAAACCCACCUACGAUGAAUUUCUCGAGGCUCUCAAGUCUGGCCGCGAUGCUUUACCUCUCGUUGACGAUCCACCGCCUGUGUCUUAG